AUGUCUUUCGAUCGGUUGAACUCGUUAGAGGCCCAGCCCACCACCAUGCGACGGUCCGAGGACCCGCAGUACCGCGAUGAUCCUGGCUUCGACCAUCUGGCCGAGGGUCUCUCGGAUCAGUUGUUCACCUUGACUUCCAGCAUCUCCAGCCUGUCCAACCAGAUUGCCCUUCUAGGCACUAAGAGAGAUACAGAGCGUGUGCGCGAACGUGUCCAUAACCUCCUGGAAGAGACACGUGCGGGUUUCAAGGACGUCGGAGAAGGGAUCAAGAAGAUCCAGACAUGGGAGGACGUCAAUCCCUCCCAAAAAUGGACCCAGCAGAAACUCUCCUCCGAGUUCAGGGCAAACCUGGAUGAGUUCCAGACUAUCCAGCGUCGUGCACUAGAGAAACAGCGUGCAUCCGCAGUCGCUGCUCGCACUGCCAUCGAAGACGGUGAGCCCACAACAGCCGAGGCCGAGGGCCAGCUGCAACAGCUGCAGUUGCAGGAGCAGGGCCGCCUGGCAAACCAGGGCGAGGUGGAUUUCCAAGAGACGCUUAUCAUCGAACGCGAGACGGAAAUUCGCAAUAUCGAGCAGAGUGUCGGCGAACUGAAUGAGUUGUUCCGAGACGUUGCGCAUAUCGUGCAUGAACAAGGAGGGCAACUGGACAUCAUCAGCGAGAACGUGCAUAACGUCACCCAGGACACCCGGGGCGCCAACGUUGAGCUGCGCGGUGCCAGUCGAUACCAGAAAAAUGCCCGCAACAAGGCAUGCUGCCUGCUCGUGAUUCUCGCUGUGAUUCUCGCUAUUAUCGUGCUCGCGGUUGUUCUUGGAUAG